UUAGUUAUAGUUUGACAGUUGUCGGUCUGACGGCGUGAGGUGCAGUUCUUAAACAGUUACUGUUGGGUUGUGUACCGUGAAACGAAACGUUAAUAAAUACGCAAGUAAUCUGUCAAAACCUAUUGAAAUAAAUUGUUAUUUUUAUUUUGUAAAAAAUAUUCGUGAAUAAAACAACGAGGGCAUUGUUUUAAUAAUCGGGCAAAAAUAAUCAAUCGAACAUGGGGUUUCAUUAUUCGUAACAGUAAUUAGUGUUCAUUCAAACUGUUUUGAAGAGCAAGGUUUCGUGGAUUUUUAGAUUUCCUUGAACUUGAUACUUAAUUAAUUAAAUCGUCGCUAAGGACGAUAGCCAAGCUCUGUUGGUGUGGGGGUAAAGUGACUGACUUGUAUAAUAAAUAAAAUUAUAAAUAAGUGAAAAUGUCAAAGGUGUCGCUGAAUAACGUUCCAUCGAACCCUCGUAUUAGUCGUCUCAGGACCUUCUCCAGGACGGAAAGCGAAACCUCAUGUGAAGAGGCUGCAAGACUGACAGCGGAAGGAGCGGAAGCCGACGACGAUGAGGCCGUCGACUUUACAGCCCUGCCCCCACCGCCGGACGGAGGCUACGGCUGGGUCGUGGUCUUCGCUUCCUUCAUGUGCAAUAUGGUAGUUGACGGCAUAGCCUAUACCUUUGGCAUAUUCCUGCCGGAAUUGGUGGUGUACUUUGGCCAGGGCAAAGGGACAGUCGCAUGGGUCGGCAGUUUGCUGACCGGUAUUUAUUUAGCCGUUGGUCCGAUUGUGUCGGCGUUAUGCAACAAAUAUGGUUGUCGAGCGGUUUGCAUCGUGGGCUCCCUAAUCGCUACUGCUGCAUUCAUAGCUUCAACGUUCAGCAAGAGCGUUCCUAUGAUGAUGUUGACGUACGGACUCAUCGGUGGGAUCGGUUUCGGUAUGAUCUACCUGCCGUCGGUUGUGGCAGUGGGGUAUUACUUCGAAGCGCGUCGUUCGUUGGCGACCGGAAUAGCGGUGUGCGGCUCGGGCGUAGGCACAUUCGGGUUUUCGCCCCUCGCCACCGCUCUGCUGCACGAGUUCGGUACAUGGCAGGGCGCGAACCUCCUGCUGGCCGGUCUCAUAUUAAACUGCGCUAUAUUUGGCGCUUUAAUGAGACCCCUCGUUUAUCCUAAGACUUCAGGCGAGAAACCCCUUCUGCAACGUAUGGCCGAAGAGAAGAGACUGCAGAUGGAACGGGGGUCCAUAGGCGGUUCGUAUUUCGUGGUGCAGCUUCCCGACGGCACCAUGGAGAAGAGACUAAAGGCCCCAUUGAACAUCGAUCCCGGAGUACAUUCGUCGUUGAACCUGGAGGCUCUGGCCCGGGUGCCCACCGUGCCCAACAUGCACGGCGUGCCCACAGUGCCCACUUUGCCCACAAUCACUGAGGCUAAAGUCGUCGACACUACCGACAAAAAGAAGAACGAGAACGGGAACGUUAUAGUGAACCCCGUGCAAGUGCAAAUAUCGCGCAACGUGUCGUCGCCCGCGUUCAGCGCGCAGGCCCCCGGGCUGCCCAAGAACGGCUCGGUCCCGUUCUUCGACAGGCAGCGCAAGCACAGCACGGGCGAGAAAGGUGCUGAAAGAUUCAAGCCGUCCCUAGCAGCCAUCAAAGCGACUUCGAAGACCUCCGUCGGCAGCCACCGACCGACGCCAGAUGGCGACACAGAAAGCAACAUGUACAACUCUAAGUUGUCGGUCUCUGGGCCAAGGGAAGCGCCCCGCAUGGUCCGACCGAUGUCCCGUAAAGACAUCUUCUACUCCGGUUCGGUGCUCAAUCUACCUCAGUACCAGAGUCAGAAGUCUCUACAAGGAUACAGGAAUUCCGUGCUCAGCCUUCCACAGAGCAGGCAGACCGGGGACCUGGAACGACAAGAACAAUACGACCUCUGUCCUUGCCUUCACUUGCCGAAUUCGUUCAAAAGCGCGUUGUCUUCAAUGCUGGAUGUAAGCCUGCUGAAGGACCCCGCCUUCAUGCUCAUCGGCGUCUCCAACAUAUUCGGGAUGGCCGGACUGUACGUGCCCUUCGUGUACCUCACGGACGCAGCCAAAGUUAACGGCAUAGAGCCGUCGCAAGCAUCGUUCCUGCUGUCCAUAAUCGGUAUAACGAAUACGUUCGGCCGUAUCAUAUGCGGGUGGGUCGCAGACUUUCCCUGGAUGGACUCCUUGAUGCUGAACAACGUGUGCCUGGUCAUUGCCACGGUUUCUGUCGGUGUAACGCCCCUGUGCACCACGUACAGUGCCUACGUAGUGAUUGCUAUAACUUUUGGGAUUGCUAUUUCUGGCUAUAUCUCGCUGACGUCGAUCAUCCUGGUGGAUUUGCUGGGGCUGGAGAAGCUGACGAACGCGUUCGGGCUGCUGAUCCUGUUCCGCGGCGCCGCGGCCAUGGUGGGCUCCCCGCUGGCCGGCGCCGUGUUCGACGCCACGGGGACUUACGGACCCUCCUUCUACAUGGCCUCCGUUUUCUUCCUGAUAUCGACCUUGACCUCGUUCGCCGCACCCUUGUUCCGCAGAAAACAAGAGGAGAUACCGCAGCCGUUAGACGUUUUGACUCCCAUAGACGAGGAUCUAGAGGAGGGUGACGAGGAGGACCCCGACGACACUCCCAUCACGAUGGGAGCGCAACUGGCGAGCCGCACUCCCGCCAUCACCCGCACUGCGGCCUCUCCCUCCGACCCUCCCUCCCCUACAAACAACGAACUGCAGCAAAGGGAAAGCGUGCUCUAGGGCUCACCUCAACACCGGCUGAUUCGCACGAGAGCUUCUCGAAUACAACGCAGAUUAUCACAAGACUAUAAAAAUCUAAUCAAUCGAACCAUAAACAAGAAAAUGCCUACUCAAGGUAUCCUCUUUUUGACUACCGGAGCUUGCAGCGCUGGGGGAAUUCUUUCUGACAAUAUCCUGACGGUCGUAUUCAAGAAACUAUCAUUGUGUAUGUAAUGCCUGAGGCCCUAAUCUUAGUAUUCAAAAGGCUGUCCACGAUGGUUAUAGGUUAUAUACGAAAGCCUCGUAAGGACCAGAAUCUUGUUAUUAACAACACAGCGACAACUGCUACUUUACAAAAAAUCUUUUUUUUUUCUAAUAUGUAGAAUUAAAAAAUUGUUUGGGUAACGACAAUUAAUGUAAUUCGUUGAUAAUUAUGAAUAGAAAUAUCAUAUGCUUUGAUACAACUAUGCUAGAUAAAAAAGGAGAAAAAUCAAUUGUAAAUAGUUGUAUUAAAACAUCAGAAAUACGUGAACAAAAUUCUGGGGAUUGUAAUAGUGUGCUCUGUCUCUUUCCCACACUGUGAAUACGGGAUGCAUGGAACGUGCAGGGCGUCCUGUAACGUUUUAAAAUGGUGUGCUCUAUCUGUAACUUAAAUUGUUGUCGAUUCCCUUCUUUAUUCUAUUUAUUCUAUGUUCUUUAACAAAUUUAAAUAUAUUUCUGCUUAGAUUUUCACACGACACAAAAAUCAAAUCAACUUGCUUAACAGUUCAGAAUAAGUAAAACUUUUUUGGUCUUUACGAGGAUAUAUUUUUGAGGGUUGAUUAGUUUGUUUAUAUCGAAAACAAUGAAGCCUAAAAAGUCCGUGAAACCUUCGAUGACGCUUCUCGGCAAAGUAAGUACUUUAAUAGAUCUCAUUCCUACGAGAAUAUUCGUUGAAGGUAUUUCGAGACGGUAUAUUAAAUAUAUAAAUUUGUAAAGUACUUAAGAACGUAAAAUGUCAACACGAUUAUUUAUUUUUUCAUGUAUAAUAAGUGUUGCUAUAAAAUGAAUAAAUUUGAAAAUUGAAAAAAAAAAUGUUACCAUAGAUUUUUAAGAAUAGAGUAAACCGGAAUUGACUGCGGGUGAUAAAACUGAUGGCACCUUGCAUUUUAUUGACACGGCAGUUCUUACGACGUGCCAUAUUAUCUAUUAGUCGUGCGUGGUGCUAACUCCAUACAGAAACUAUGAAUAAUAUAGUUAUUACUCAAACAAAAGGACUGAUUUCCAACAGAUUGUCCAAAAAUAGCAAAUUACUUACUUAGUACUUAGCGUUUAAAUCAUUUUUAAAUAGAAGCUUUUAAAGAAUAGCUUGUUGUUUGGUAACCGACAAUAAAGUUUGUUCUCAAAAAAAAAAAAAUACAUAAACGUUUAACCUUCUCUAAUGAAAUCACUGUAAAUAUAUACACAGUUGUAAAUAUUGCAGAUUUAGGCUGUUUGGAAAUUUAACUAUAUAGCGGUGUAAAAAUUUAACUUCAAUAACAAAUAGAUAGGCUACUUCAAAAUAUACCUUUUUGUCCAAAUUUUAGGUAACAUUUAUUGUACUAUAUUAUUUUUAUCUACAAUGCUUUAUACUGAACUCUAUAACGCUUUUUCUAUUGCCCUUUUGACGCUUUACGAACGUAGCUUAUCUAUUAUAUCCUUAUUUUUUAUAUUAUUUUACUUCGAUGAUAUUUAGGUAAGACAGAAAAUUAAUUGACGAUUCUUAAUCCUUGUGCCAUCGAACGAACAAUCGUUGUACAUAAUGUACUUAGUAUUAAAUAAAUAAAUAUAUAAAUAGUAACGCAGUCAAUUUUCUGUGCACCAUUCAAUACCAAAACAUGAUAUUUUAUUUUGAUAAUUAUAAGCGUAUGGCUCGUACUUGCCACGUAGAGAUGUAUAUAUGUUAUAUCGAUAUAUUUUUGUCACAGAUAUUAUAGUAUCGAUGAUUGCAUAAUUUUAGCUUUAAGCGUUAAUUUUAUUUUGUGUAUAGAUGAAAUAAAAUAUAGCUGUAAGGAAGGUAUUAUGUGAUACGGAUAAAGUUUUUGUUUAUUAUAUAAAUGUAUUUCAUUAAAACAUAAGUAAAAGAAAUGUACAAUUAAAUAUAUAGUGAAACAAUUGUGAGAGAGUGCAUUAAUAAAGUGAAAAAAAUAAUAUUAAAAAUAGAAUGUUACUGUUGUUAUAGCUUUACAUGAAAACCAAAAGUGUUAUGUUUUUAAGAUAAAAAUGUAUUCGUUUCAGAGGGAAUAAUGUAAUUAACCGAAUCACAUAAAAUGUAUUGUCAUUGUUAGUUGGCGCGUUCUAUCGAUUUAAUCAGAAUCAUGUUAUUAAAAAAACUUUUAUUUGUGAUUAAAUAAAAUUUGACAACAGUCCAAUAUGAAGCCAUUGUGAAGUUAUCGCGUUAUAGUGACUGUCAAGUGUGGAUAUCGAUAUUAGGGAAUGUCGAUUUGAAUGAGAAAAAAAAACUAUUGAGGGCCCAGGGUAAUCGAUAUAACACCUUGUAAUUUAUUAUGAAUGCAAAUUAUACGUGAAAGAAAUUUAUAAUCUAAAAGUAUAAUUCGAUCCUUUAAGUAUAGCGUUCGCCAAUUUUUUUCUUUAAUCGGAAUUCAUGCAAUCGUUUCACAAUCUUGUCUAACGACUUUUUUUUUUUUUAUAACCUUAAAGAAAUACUUAGGCCAUAUAGAAAACUUCUUGUAUUGUAAAUGAAUAAAUAGAAAUUAUGAUUAAUUUCCGAUGACUUAAUAAUUCUUUUAACAUCGUGACAGUUUCUAAUACUUCAAAUUCACGAACCAAUAGGAGAUUCGGUGAUCUUUGUAAAUGGCGACGCUUUAUGUGUCUUAUUUGUAUAAGUUCUCGAGCUAUUUUGUUGAAAUAAAAGCAACUUGUAGUCUAUUGCGAUUGGUUUGAAAUUCCUUCGAACAAAUUGCAUUUUUUUUAUUAAUUUGUCGUAUGUAUUUGGUACAAUUAAGAAUGAUUGUUUAUGAAAGCGAAAUCGAGAAAUGAAGUUGUUAAAGCUAAACAAUAUGGCCUCUGGACAAUUACACCAAAAACUUAAAUUAAUUUCUUAUGAAUGUAUGUAAAGUUGAGAAAAUCGAACUUUUUCUAAAAUAUGUUAACGAGGGCUCAGAAGUGCUCACGAUUGGCAUGUUGUGUUAAUAGUGUGAGCUAUAGUUAUACCUUUAUGGACCAUUUGCUCAUAUAGCGUAUGCUAUUAACAGAAACACGUCACUCGUAAACUGAGUAACAUGGCUAUUUUUUGAGGUAGAUUUUUAAGGGCUGAAGUAAUAAUAGAAAAUAAAAUGAAGGCUUACAUUUCAAAAUGUAUUUUCAGUAUUGGCUCAAAGUAUUUAAAUAUCGAGCUGUCUAUAUGAAUAAUUUGUGAUUUUAGGUAAUUAUUUUUGUUGGAUUUCAAUCUAAGGCUUGCGUAUUUUAUUCUGUAUAAAAUAAACAGCUCCGUAGACCAACAAUUAAAAUUUGGAUACAUUACUGAAUUAUUUAUUUCGACAAAUACCAUAUGACGUUUUUAAACAGAUUGCCGUCUGCAAUACAAUCAAAAAAUUUAAUAAUUAAUUUUAUGAUUCAAAAGAAAAUGUUUAUUAUUUUUUAUACCAAAUAAUGUAUUAAAGCCUUUUAAAGUUUGUUGAGAACAGCGCACGUGUUUGCUUGCAUCAAUAGACAAAUUUGAAGCUUGAUGAAUCCACCGAAAUGUUUUGUAAAUAACAUUAAAUGGCGAUGACGACUGAAA